UCCGGUGACGAAUCGCUUCAGACCUUCACGUACUGCGUUGUUUGUACGCUGGUUUUUGAAGUUAGCCGAGGACAGCUAACGCUAGCUGGUUAACGUUAACGGUUAGUGACGUUUGGUCUUAAUGGUCAGCGUAUAUGUGCCCUGGAUACUGAGACGGUGUUUCUCAAGUACAAAACCCGCCUUCCGUUUCGAUUGAGUCGCAGUUUUUCGUUGAAGAAAACGUUAUUAGCCUAGCAGGCUAACAGCGGCUACAAUGGAGGGCAGUGCCAGCGUGAGGAGAGCGUUGUCCGGGACUCUCGUCCCUGUAACAGUGUCAACAAUGGCUCUCCUACAACAACCCGAGGAGAACGACAAGGGGAAGCUGCAUAGAAAGGUCCUCGACGAAGAGGAGUACAUUGAGAGUUUAGAAAAGAUCAUCCAGAGGGACUUCUUCCCAGAUGUUACCAAAUUACAGGCGCAAAAGGACUAUCUUGAUGCGGAGGAAACCGGUGACCUAGAACGAAUGAGAGAGAUUUCCAUCCGAUAUGGAUCAUCUUUGAAUAAAUCGACACCACGAUCUACUGCACCCUAUGUGACACCAGCGAGCUUUGAGACACCUUUAGGCCGCUCAGGGUCCCCCUCCUCCACUCAUGGCAAUAAAAGCUUAGACGGUGAGAGCAGGAACGAUGAAAGAGAAGAGAAGGAGCUGCCCUGUCUCGAUCGCUUCCUUGCUAAAAAUACCAGUGAGGAUAAUGCAUCGUUUGAGCAGAUAAUGGAUCUGGCAGAGGACAAGGAGAGGCUGAGGCAUUCCUGGCUAUAUGAGGCUGAGGCUGAAUACAAACAACGCCACGAAGAGAACCUUGCGUUACCAUCUGCAGAGAAAGCAGCACUUGAAUGUGUCAAAGCUGGACUUGAGACGUGGGAGUACAAAGCAAAGAAUGCAUUGAUGUAUUAUCCAGAGGGAGUGACAGACGACGAUGCUCUUUUUAAGAAGCCGCGGGAGGUAGUUCACAAGAACACGCGCUUUGUUGGAGAUCCAUUCAGCAAAGCUCUCAACAAAAGCCAGAUUCAGCAGGCUGCAGCUCUCAAUGCACAGUUUAAACAGGGUAAAGUCGGACCUGAUGGGAAGGAGCUCAUCCCACAUGAAUCCCCAACAGUCAAUGGAUAUGGUUUCGAAAGUAUGCCGUCCCCAGCACCUGGUGUAGCUGAGUCGCCACUGAUGACCUGGGGAGAGAUUGAGAGCACCCCAUUUCGUCUGGAUGGAUCAGACAGCCCGUUUGUCGAGAGAAAUCACGGUCCCUCAUUUAAGAUUCCAGAACCUGGAAGACGGGAGAGGCUGGGUUUAAAGAUGGCCAACGAAGCCGCCGCCAAAAACCGCGCAAAGAAACAGGAGGCUUUGCGAAAGGUCACCGAGAACCUCGCCAGUCUUACUCCUAAAGGCCUGAGCCCAGCCCUCACGCCUGCCCUGCAGAGGCUCGUAAAUCGGACGUCCAGCAAAUACACGGACAAAGCAUUACGGGCGAGUUACACCCCGUCGCCCUCGCAUCAAGUCCCCGGCUGCAAGUCUCCGUUCGGUGGCCCCGCCACGCCAACAGGAACGCCGACGCCGAACAAAGCCAAGACGCCGAGCUCUCAGGACCUCACGUCGCUGACAGACGACCUGCUGCAGCUUCCCAAGAGACGGAAAGCCGCCGAUUUCUUUUAAGCAAGAGAAGCUGUUCUCUGCUUGGAUUGUACAACACAGACAUGGUCAUUUGUGGAAAAGACAAACUGUUCAGACCCACUUUCCUCAAAUUAAGACUUUUAGUUGGGUGAGUGGAUGAAGACAUGGCCAGAGAACCGAAGAAUUUUUAACAAUUUGCUCUAUUUUUGAGAGGAUGGGUCUAUAGAUCCCUGCUAAGUACGGUGUCCUAGUUAUACUAUAUAACUUGACUAUCUUAUUUGUUUUAUUCUGUUUUGUCCUGGUGGGUUGCUUCAUAGAUAUUGUACAGUUCCUUCCACUUUUAACAAAUGUUUGGUAUCUGUGACUAACAGCAGCCUAUCCAAUAUUUAAGAAUUUCAUCCAAAAGCCAUCGUCCAGCUUUCCAUACGUUUCAGCGUCUUGUCUCUUCAUCAUAGAAAUGACUCAAACCCAACAUGAAACAAUUGUGUUGGUUCAGUUCGACACCUCAACAAUAUGUCAAUGUUUCUUACUCUACUUUGGAGAAAAUGUGGUGGCUGGGAUCAACAUUAUAAAAGUGUACCACCUUUUCUUGGAAAAUUGAAAUAAAACUGAAGAAUACUUUCACACAGAAAAAUGGAAUACAAAAGAAUGUUAACAUAUCUUUUCUACCUCCUACUGGUGUUUGUACAUAUAAAUACACUGUACUUUUAUGCCUCGUUCUUUAAGAAGAAACCUUAAUGUUAAGGCCUUGUCACGUUGUGUUUGAAUAGUGUUGCGAUUGUUUCUUCGUUCGGUUGUUUUGAGCAUUUGGGGUUAUAGAUUUAUUCUUGCAUCGUAUGAGAAAAUCCUUAAAAAUAACUUUUAACUGGUUUGCUUUUACAACAUAUCCCCGCUUAACUGGAUCUAUGGACGAUAAUACUGAAAAUAAACGUGUGACCUUGAGGUAAA